AUAGUGGCAAAAUGUUUGUUUAUUCGAUUAACGAGUUUUCGAAAACAAUAAUAGGUUUAAUUGGCUUUGAAAUUAAUGAAAAGGGUGGAUAUGGAAACAGUACAUACGGACAUCGAUUGCCAGUUGAAUGAUCUUUUUAAGGCAUCUUCUUUAUUCUCACAAUGACACUCACCUUGUUUAAACACGUCUCUGAGCAGUAUGCGAUCUGUUCCUGGUCUGCAAACUAAAUAUUACCGUCGUUGUUUAUAAUAUUAGUAUGACAGCAAGAUCCCUUUCAUUAUAAUCGAACCGUUAAACUGUAAUCACUGUCAACCUAAAUAGCUGGUUGACAAUCGAUUGCAUUAUCAACGUGGAAACAGUUUAUUUUUUAUUAUGUUUUUCUUCUAGUUAUUUCAAUCCUUAUUCGACACAAGUCAAAAGCUUAUCUUACAUCCACAAUAUCUCAUACCUUAUGGACCUUAACUAAGAUUGUGUAAUUGAGAUGAUUGUACACCUUAAUUUCUUUUCUAUUGACAACAGCAAUGCGACAUUGAAGUUAUGAACCAAACGGUUGGCCAAAUACCUUGAUAAACGUAUAUUCCUGCUAGUCUGAGGUAUCUUUAAAGACUGAUGAGUCAUUGUUUUGUAUUGCUUUUUAUGUCCUAUUAUGCUAGGUUUACAUCUGGCCACGAUUACCACGAUGUCCCCGAUUCCAUAGCAUCGUGGCGAACGUAAUAGAGCGUGGAGUCGAAUCGGGGUGAUCGUGGGGGAGCCUAACGGAACGUGGUUGAAUCGGGGACAUCGUGGGCAUCGGGACAGAUUUUAAAUCAAACUUAAAUUUCACCACGAUUGCCCCGAUUCAUUUUAUAAUCUCAAAUCGUAGGUCAAAUCGCAGGAGAUCGCAACAAAGCGGCCCUGUCGUGGGAGAUCUUAACAGGACGUAACGGAACGUGGUGGAGCGUGGAAGCCAAUCGUGUUGAUCGCAACAAAGCGUAACAGAACGUGAUGCAAAUCGUGGGCUCGAUCGUAGCAACAAAACGUGCUGAUUUCGUAAGAAAGCGUAACAGAACGUGGAGUAUACCAUUUAAUCGUAGAGCUCCCCGAUUUGUAAGCCUCUGGCUAAUCGGGGAGAUCGUGGCCAGAUGUAAACUUAGCAUUAUAAGUCAACAACCCACUUAUGUGGUGCGGCGCACGAUGUUAGAUGUUUUUGGAGUUGUAUUGCAUGCGCAUUAUCAGUCUUGUGUUGUCAGGCUCGCACAUGUCAUUAAUGUACGGAAUAUUAAUUUGUGAUGAAUUUGAAUGGGAAGCAUGAGCAAAUUUAAAGAACGCUUAUGUAUGGUGUGUGUUAUAGUUUUGAUACAUCAGGCUUACACCGCAGAGAAAGAUCAACCUAUUAACAGCGGCUGUGAAACAGGAAAAUUUGGGAUUGAUUGCAGCUUAGAAUGUGGAAAUUGUAUAAAUAAUACCUUCUGUAACAAUAUUUCUGGCCGGUGUCCGGACGGAUGUGAUCCCGGAUGGACUGGUCAAUUGUGUAAUAUAGAAUGCGCAAAUAAAACGUUCGGUUUAAACUGCUCCAAUCGUUGCGGGAAUAAUUGCAAUUCUGAUGGAAGAUGUUACAAAAAUAACGGAAUAUGUAUAGGCGGCUGUACAUCUGGGUACGACUACAACCAUGAUAAGACAUGUAAUACCGCCUGUUCAACUGGAUUUUUCGGACAAAACUGCACUCAUAGGUGUCACUGUUCAAAUAACGAUUCUCUGAAUGCGUGUGGAACAACAGACGGCAGUUGUCCAAAAGGCUGCGAAGAAGGAUGGACUGGUCGUAACUGCAGUGUUUUGAAAAUAAGUUACCAGGAGUCUGGUGAUUCAGUGGUUGUUGUUGCCAUUUCUAUUUCCGCAUCAACAGCGACAGUCGUCGUACUUGCCACUGUCGUCGGAGGUUGUAUCUACUGCAAAAGGAAAGAUCGGCAAUCAACAACAGCCGACACCGAAUCUGUAGGGGCACCAAGUGCGUCAACGUCAAACUCUGAUGAUUAUAUCACAAACAUUGGUAUUGCGAGAACAGUGAACACAUGAUUUCAACGAACAAUAACCAUACAACGCACCAUA